UGGAUACACACACACACAAAGCAACUAGCACUCAACUCAAAUUCUAUUAAGAACAAUGGCUUCUUCUUCUUCGUUGGCUUCUUCAACCAAGCUUGUAUUCUUUGCUUGCCUCCUCCUAUUCACAUUCUCAUCACACAAUCUCGUGGCUGGAGAAUCCGACAAAGUAAAGCUCAAUCUUUACUAUGAAUCACUUUGUCCUUCUUGUCAGAAUUUCAUCGUCCAUCAUCUAGGCAAAAUCUUUAACACUGAUCUCCACACAAUCACCGAUCUCAAGCUCAUUCCAUUCGGUAACGCCCAUGUCUCCGAUGAUCUUACCGUCACUUGCCAGCAUGGUGAAGAAGAAUGCAAAUUAAACGCCCUUGAAGCUUGCGCCAUAAGAACUUGGCCUAAUCAGAGAUUGCACUACAAGUUCAUUCGGUGCGUUGAAACUAACACGAAUGCUUGGGAAUCUUGUGUUAAGAAGUAUGGAGGUGAAAAAGCGAUAAAUGAUUGUUACAAUGGUGAUCUCUCUAAAGAGCUGAUACUUGGGUAUGCAAACCAGACAUUGAGUUUGAAACCGGAGCAUAAAUACGUACCAUGGAUGACACUCAACGGCGAACCACUCUACGAAAAUAUUGGUGAUUUUGUGGACUUAGUCUGCAAAGCGUAUAAAGGAAAGGCUGCUCUCCCUAAACUCUGUUAUUCCUCUGUCUUGUCUCAGAGGACAAUGAUGCUUGAAUUCUCCUAUGUUGAUGAAGCUAUCAAUCACUAAGUUAAUUAUCAUACUACUAAUGGAUUUAAGCUUACCUUAGUGGAAAUCUUUAAUAAAGACACGUUUUAUGAACGUUGAUGAACCUUUUUAUGAAACACCUGAAUUGAACUAUAUUAAGUUUUUUUUUCUUUUUUCUUUUUUCACUGAAUGUUUUCGAAAUUGAAAUCAUCUCAGUAUGUAGUGUGGUGUAGUGGAAAUGGACCACAAAGGCAUUAUGAACAAAUUCUCAAACUUCUUUUAAUGUGAGUUAUCUUUAUCCUGCCACUAAAACUAGCUUUCUAAGAGAUACAAUGGAAACAAUCUUGAGAAUACAACCAGUUCAUCCUAUUCAUUAAGAACAGAUUGAUUUGAAAUUGUCUAACAUGUAAGUAAAUUUGCAUUAGUCUC